AUGUGAUGACUGGGCGGCCGCGCAGACACUGAUGAGCUGGCAGUUUCUUUGUGCGCCCGCCCGGGGGUCUGCCCUUGCCAGGCUAUAAAGUGGGGGCUUCGCUGCACCCCGAAACACAAGCCCGCUCACUCCAACAAGAAGCAGCAGCUGCCCAGACUUGAGCCCAACACCACGAUGUCUGAGACCACAAAACCCGCUGCUCCUGGCCAGGCUGCGGAGGAGAAGGAGAAGGCAGCCCCAGCGCCAACUCCAUCCCUUGACCCUGCUCCUGUGGCGAACAGCAAGGGCGAGGAGCCCUCCACAGAAGCCUUCAGGAUCAUCGUCUUCGAGCAGGAGAACUUCCAGGGCAGGCAGAUGGAGUUCACCACUGAGUGCCUGAACCUGGGGGACCGUGGCUUCGACCGGGUGCGCAGUGUCAUCGUCACCUCUGGACCCUGGGUGGCCUACGAGCAGGCCAACAUGCGUGGGGAGAUGUUCAUCCUGGAGAAGGGCGAGUACCCUCGCUGGGACACCUGGUCUAGCAGCUACCGGAGCGACUGCUUCAUGUCCAUGCGUCCCAUCAAAAUGGUGAGUGGUCCAGAAGCAGAAAGCACCCAGGUGGGACCGGCCAGAGCCGGAUCCAUGCCACUUGAUGCCUCGCUGCAGCAAGCUCCAGGGCUUCGGCCGCACAACCCAGCGCCUUCCCUCUGUCUUCCCCAGGAGGCUGAGGACCACAAAAUCUCCCUGUAUGAGUCUGCUGACUUCAAGGGCAACAAGAUGGAAAUCCAGGAGGAUGACGUGCCCAGCCUCUGGGCUUACGGCUUCUGCGACCGCGUGGGCAGCGUGCAGGUGCCCAGUGGAACCUGGGUCGGGUACCAGUACCCUGGCUACAGAGGCUACCAGUACCUCUUUGAGACCGGAGACUUCCGACACUGGAACGAGUGGUCUGCCUUCCAGCCCCAGAUCCAGUCCAUCCGCCGCAUCCGGGACAUGCAGUGGGACCAGAAGGGCACCUUCGUCACCCCCGACGCGCCCUCCGACUGAGCGUGCCGCCUGCUAGCUACGAGUCCCGGGCCCCGUGGGGCACCCCCGCCCCUCCCCUCGCGCUCGCCUGCUCAGCACUUUCCUUGUACAUUGCACAUUCCCUGGAUGUACUCUACCUUGUGAGGCAAAUUAAAAAAAACCAGAAGACUAGAGCUGCUUGGGAGUCUGUGGUGCAUUGAGCACAGCCAUGGGAUGCGCUGCGUCGGCUCUGCUUUUCCGUCCUGCUCGAGUCUCGUGUUGGAAGCCGGGUGGGACGUGGUGAAGGGUGAUCUUCCUGGGGGACAACCCACCCCCCCCCACACACACACUGGGGCUGCAGCAGGGACAAGGAAGACCCCGGUGAGAGCAGGAGCGUGCACGGGAAAGGAGGUGGCAGGAGGCUCCUCCAGCCCCCACGGAGGGGGGGGGGGGGGGCUCAGGGCACCCCGGGAGCGGCCGGACCACGGGGGGCUCCCGGCUCCCUCCAUGCCUGCGGGGCGGGAGGGGAGCGGGGGCUCACGGGGCCAGGCCGGUGGGUACACACGCCAAGAGGCGAGUCCGUGAGCGGCACGCAGCCGCGUAUUCACCUGAGCGGUAAAUAAUUAACAGCAGUAAUUGCAGUCAAUCAAAGACCAAUUCACUUUCAAGGAG